AUGAGCGCGCCCGAGUCCCCGCCCGCGGCGCCCGCCGAGCCCCUCACGCCCCCCGAGUCCCCCGGGGCCCUGCGCGCGGUGCUCGUGGCCACCGGCGGCGUGGGGGGCUCCUGGCCGCGCUGCGUCCUGCCCUUCGGCGCUGUGACCCUGCUGGCCGGCGCCGCCGCCACGGCCAUCACCUUCUCGCUGCGCGGCCCCCACCUGGACCUGGAGCAGGGCGUGGCGCUGGCCACGCUGCGCGCGGGCCUCGGGUUACUGGCCGCCGCCCUCCUGUGCUGGGGCGCUCGGCGGCGGGCCGGGCGCGCGGGGCGGCGGGAGCCGGGGGCGGCCUGA